AUGAAGAUCCUGAGUUUGCUCGCUUUUCUUUGUGCCUUAUUAGCUUUGAGUAAAGCUGCUGCUUUUCCAGGUCCUACAGAUGAGGUUGAGAGGGAUGAAUCUCUCACAGAAGAACCAGUCUUUGAUUCUGUGACUGAAGAAAUGUAUUUGAAAGCUCUAAAUGGAACAGCCCAUCGUUCUGGAUCCUGUUCUCCUGGAUGGACCCGGCUCAGGGGUCGUUGCUACCAUGUCUUUCCAAUUCUCUCCACGUGGUUUAAAGCUCAGAAAAACUGCAGGUCCAUAGGAGCCCAUCUCGCAUCAGUUCAUGACUUUGACAUGAAUUAUCAGCUCCUAAAGCUGAUAACAGCUGCAGGUCAGAGCCGCAGGGAAGUGUGGAUCGGAGGCUCUGAUUUACACAGGGAAGGUCGUUGGACCUGGGUGGAUGGAACCCAUUUUGGCUACACAAACUGGUGUCGAUGGGAGCCCAAUAACUUCUUUAAUAAUCAGCACUGUUUGGAGAUGAACUACAGCCGUUCAAAAUGCUGGGAUGAUAACAACUGUUACUAUGAAAUACCAUUUAUCUGUGCCAGAAACUACUAA